AUGGAGACACGUCGAUUCGAGAUAACACCUGUAAUUGAAUCAAAUCAUGAAACUUCAGCAAUGCAACAAACUGAAAUGGUUCCAUUAAUUAAUAUUGAAAAUGAAAUUCCGCGACCAUUAUCUACUUAUAUCGCAUCAAAUGAUGGAAAAAAUAAAAAUCGAACAGGAUCACGCUUAUUUAGUAAAAUUUUACAACAACGAUAUUCAGAUAUUCGUCGUCGUGCUACGGUUGCAGCUGCAGACGAUUUUAGUAGUGAUCAAAUUACAAAGAGUUCAUCAGCUGAUAUCAUACAUCAAACGGAUUCAAAAUCGACACUAUCACUUCCAUCUCGGUACACAAAUGCUGCUAUUGACCAACAAGUUGAAGAAAUUAAUACUUACUCAACAAUACAAUCAAAUAAUUAUGAUACAAAUCCAUUGAAUGUAACAAAUAAGUUUCUUCAAGAACUUCGUUUAAAACGUCGUGAAUUACGAAACAAAGCAAAAAAUAUUUCCAUUGAUCAACGUAUCGCUUUUAAUCGUCGACAAAAUCAACGAGUAAUCGUACGUGCACAAGAUAUAUUCGAUGUACAUUUUGAAACACAGGAUGAAGAUGAUACGCCAAUACUAGAAUCGACUAUAUUCACUGAAGAAUAUCAAGAGAAAAUUCGUGGUGAUAUUUUUAAUGAACUAAAUCGUCAACGCAUGAAAGAGUAUCGUAAAAAUCAACGACAUUUAUUACUUGGUCGAUCAUUAUUAAUGUUCAUGACAGUAUUAUUCCUAUUCAUGAGUUUGACAUUAAUCUAUGUUGUGUUCGACUUAUUUGGUCGAAUAACCUAUUUAAAUGCAAAAAUACCGGAAAACAUUUUUAUAUCAAUGACUUAUGAUCAGAGAAUCAAUUUGUAUUGA